AUGAGUCUGGUUCUUGAUAUCAAGAAUUUCCCAAAUUUAUCAUCUGUUCUCGCGGAGAUUGAAAAGAAAGGACGUCGACCUGAAAAUUUCACGGCAGUAAAUUCAGAAUUUGAACAACUACAUCAACAUGAAAGGAAACCGGCAUCCUUUACUGCGAUGGACGGAAACUCAAGAGCAUUCAUCACCACGGAUUCUCAGUUGGCAAAUUUUGACGAAGAAGUACGGAAACCAAGAUCCUCUACAGUUACAGGCGAUAUAAGAACCUUCAUCGAGAUUGAUCCCGAGGAUGUAAAUUUAUACAGUGUAGAGAGAAAACCAAGGUCCUCUUCAAUGAUGGAGCGAGGCGCCGUAGUGGAUGCCAAAGCAAGCGGUAGAGGAGAGCAACAUAACCCGUUUAGAUUGGGGCGACGCGGCAGUGAUCCAACUGGGCAGACGUUGAAGACAGCCGGUUCGCGAGUACGAAUUCACAGUGCGCCACCGUGUCUGUCUGUUGAUCGUGAAACGUUGUUAGCAGAUAGGCGAUUCACGGACGCCGCCAAGAACCUGAGCGAUGAACAACUGGCGUUGUUGUACGAAGAUAUUGUAAAGCCUUUGGAUUUCUAUGCCAUGUUGCAUGAAAGGAGAAAGCAGUUUUGAGAUAGGUAUUGCUUGAAGUUUGGGGGACACUUGAUUUAAAGAGAUUGACGGCAACGGUGUUUAAUUUUGCUCUCUCGAGAGGAUUGAACUCUGCUUUUUUUGUAAAUUUCAUAAAUGAAUUUAGUUUUUGCCUUUUUGUAAUGUGGUGUUCAGUUCAAAGGUUUUUUAGAAGAACAUCACUUGUACCAUGUUGUACCGAGUGGGGAUCUAAAGAAAGCGUUAGUGGCACUAAUUUCGUAAUAUAAUCUUGGUUAGGUUAUAUGCUUCUCGGUUCAGGUUUAACCUUUAUUUCAUACUUACGUUAAUCUUUUAGGGAGUUUUCUUCUUGUUUAAUUUGUUUCUUAAAGAAACGAGUGCAACUUCUUAUCCGAAACGCCGAGCCAUUUAUUGUAUUUUGUCGACUAAAAAGGUCAGUUUUCGCAGAAAAACCUCAUAUAGAUGAGAAUAUAUAUGAUAUAUAUAGUGAGGGAACCAGCAAUUCACCAAGCUCUUCCAUGCAUUGUGUCCAUUUUGCUUUGCCGAUAAUACUUAUUACUAUUAUUGGUGACGAACUGAAAUUAAGCGUAGAGUCAAGGCUGAAGUGGGGAAUACUACAAAGAUAUCUGCUGGAGGCCGUGUUCCUUUGUAA